CAGCAACCUAUAAACUCUCAUAUCUUCCCAUGCUUUGAUUCACAACUCGCCCCCUCGAACACUCGCACCUUUUUACGGCGUCUGAGCCUUUCGCCACGACGCGAUUGGGUGUAACACGAAGCUCGCUCGAUAAGGAGGAAUUGCUGAGUUGUAGUACAGAACGUCACGAACCAGGCUCGACAAUCAGACCAGGCCAGCUGGAGAAGUCAACUCAACCAGGUCUCCCAACCAGGAUGGCAGUCACCAGAAGCUCUAGGACGUCUUCCUCUACGUCGUAUUCAAAGAAUGUCAAACCUUGCGACGUUCACAAUCAGCCGCCCGCCAAUUUGUUCAAGUCCAUCUCCACCGAGCAGGGAUCGCGACGAUAUCCUUUUCGUCAUCUAGAACGGAGAAGACCUGGGCAAGACUCUACAGUAGCCAGGCCUACCCCAGCUUCCAAGAAGUUACUGGCCAUACCGACAAACUCUGCUGUUGAUCUGAGCCAAGCUAGAUCACAUCGCCACAGCAACUCAGAUCUUUCCCAGCAUUGCAAGCGAUCAUUCAAACCCAUCGAUAACCACCGGGCCAAACGUCGCAUGGAUAAUCUUCAAAAGUUCAACAUGGCAUGCAUACGUUCCGCCAACGAGACUGUGAAGAUAUGGGAGGGCUGGGUUGCGGCCAAUAGGAAGUCGCCAUAUGAGAUGAAGCGCAACGCUGCUCUUGCGACUACAGCCAUUCAGACUUUCCAUUAUUAUACUAAGAAUUUUGAGGAUGUGGCAGGAGAUAAUAAACCAAAGCUUUACAAGCACAAGACCAUUCAGCGGCUAAAUGAUAGUGUACGAAGGAUGCUACCAGGACUUCCGAUAGUAUGA